AUGGUCUUCAGCUGAAGCCACAUUACGAAGCCUCUCAACUUCACUAGAGAGCUCCUCCACUACCCAGGGGAAAAGAUUUGAGUAAAUAACAGGCAGACCAAAAUACACUGGAAAUGAAUUGUGCAUCAUAUGUAUGACAUCAACAUCCCAUGAUAAGCUGGUAAAGAAAGAAUUACCAGUUCCUAUGUACGAGAAAAUAGGAUAUGAUGAUGUCUUCUCGAAAACAUCUGAACUGCACUUUUAUUUUACAAUUUAAAGAAUUUAUACAACCAGGCAAAAAUUGUCAUGUCUCUGCAAUUAUGCACAGAAUUAUUCCGUGAAGCAGACAAACAAGAGUGGAUAUCCCAUGAACUAGAAUAAUGUACCCUGUCGAUAAACUAUACCAUCUGCAUAGAUACGAAAUGUGACCAUCAUGACGGUCACAACCAGUUCACUACAGAACACUGAUCAAAAUACAUAAUUCAUGUAAGAACAUGAAUACUAUAAAGUAGUUUUAUGAUAUAGCUUCUAAGGUAUCAGCCUCAGAACUGAUAGUCUUCAGAAAUAGUAUGAGUCCAAGCGUCAUCAAUCCGUUACUGAAUUGAUAUUUGUCAACUCCAUUCCAUUGAACUCCAUAUUCAUCCCUCUUUUCAAAUUCUGAUUAAUCUAUAUAGUCCAUACCAUGUUGUUUGAGCUACAACAAAUGAUAAAUUUCUUUUCCUUUAAGGAUAUGUUGUGAAAUCGAACAUACACAUAAAAGCCACCAAGAUAAGCAAUUGCAACCAAUCAAAAGAACCAAUGCUAGAAGCAAGAAUAUGACAGCAUGAGCAUCAUCACCAAUACCAGCCAGGCACCUACAUUACAGUGCGAAGACAACAAACUAGAGAAAAGCGAAAUGAUGGAAGGGAGAUUCUAGAUUGGAAUGUGCCACUUGAUGAGGAGAACUGCUCAUCUCUUUCCUUGUCUCCUCACAUAA